UUAAUUACCUCAUAAAAUAAAAUAAAAAGUCUCCUCCUGCAGUCUCUCUCUCUCUCACUAGGCAACUGCAAGAUCCAGCUCCAACUCACUCUCUAUCAACAGAUUCUAGAGAGAGAAACUAGAGAGAGAGCGAGAGCUCUCCAAGAUCUCUAAUGGCGUCGAUCGAUCCUCACCUCCUCCGCCUAUCGUUCGCCUUCUUCCUCCUCCUCCUCCUCCUCUCAGUCAACGGUUCAGUUCACGAGUACACCGGCCAAAAGUUCUCGGCGAUCGGCAAUGCCUUUGUCCUUCACGGCGGCAGCGAGGGGAUCUACGCCUCCGCCCCCAACCCUAACGCGUCCUCCGUCGCCGGAAACGGCGAUUCCUUCAUUCGAUUUGAAAAGAUUACUUUCAGAAGACCAGAACAAGCUGCUGAGGCCUCUAAAACCACCGACUCCACAAAGGUGCAAGCCAUUAUUUUUGAAGUAGAGGACAGAGAAACACUUGGAGGUUCAGCUUAUGGUGGUCAGAAAGCUAUUUGUUGCACUCCUGAUCUUGCAAAAUUAGGCGUUUGUACUGAAGGUACACUCAUUUACCGGCCUUCCACUCAGAACAUGGACUGGCCUCAAUUGUUUUCUGCUUCCUUCGAAGGGAAAGACCUUACUGCAACCCUACCCUCCAAAACAAUACCAAUUACAAAAACUGGGAUGUAUAACCUGUAUUUCAUGUAUUGUGACCCACAACUAAAUGGCUUGGUUGUUGAAGGGAAAACCAUCUGGAAGAACCCUACUGGAUACCUGCCAGGUAGAAUGGCCCCUCUGAUGAAUUUCUAUGGAUUCAUGUCUCUUGCAUUUGUUAUACUUGCAGUCUUUUGGUUCUCUCAGUAUGCGAAGUUUUGGAGAGAGGUACUUCCCUUGCAGAACUGUGUCACACUUGUCAUUGCAUUGGGCAUGUUUGAGAUGACAUUAUGGUAUUUUGAGUAUGUUGAGUUCAAUAAAACUGGGAUCCGUCCUAGGGGUAUCACCUUUUGGGCAGUAACGUUUGGUACAAUUAAAAGAACAGUAGCACGUGUUGUCAUGCUCAUGGUUUCAAUGGGGUUUGGCGUUGUAAGGCCUACACUAGGUGGUCUUACUUCUAAGGUGAUGAUGCUUGGGGGCACAUUUUUUCUAGCAUCUGAGGUUCUUGAGUUGGUAGAGAAUGUUGGGGCUGUAAGUGAUCUAUCUGGAAAGGCAAGAUUGUUUUUGGUUCUCCCCGUGGCACUCUUGGAUGCAUUCUUCAUUCUUUGGAUAUUUACUUCCCUGUCUAAAACAUUGGACAAACUCCAGGCAAGAAGGUUGAUGGCCAAGCUAGACGUAUACAGGAAAUUCACGAAUGCAUUGGGUGUGGCUGUUAUUGUAUCUGUUGGUUGGAUUGGCUAUGAGCUCUAUUUCAAGUCAACUGAUGAGUACAAUGAGGGGUGGCAGAGUGCCUGGAUAAUUCCAGCACAAUGGCAGGUCCUCUCCUUUUCCCUUCUCUGUGUGAUCUGUGCUCUUUGGGCACCCUCUCAGAACUCAAUGAGAUAUGCUUACUCUGGUGAUGGGACCGAAGAUUUUGACCGAGAAGAGACUAGCCUUUCAUUGAUAAAGCCUGGACCAAUUCCUUCCAAGGACAAUCGAAGUUCUUCUCACUCAUCGGAUGCUAAAGCAUCGAUGAGCUCAGCGUCAGCUGACUCCCUCAAUGGAGACGUUGAAGAAGACAAAAGGGAGUAAAUGAUGCAUUUGAGGAAUCCGAGUCUUGAGAAAUCUAAGACACAAAUCGUUGGGAUAGGAUAUCUUUCACAGAAGUUACACAUUGUGUUGAUCAUUUAGUUGUGUGGUCUUUAUUUUUCCCUUCCUUGUAGGCUUUUUCCCCUCUUAACCCCGUCAUUGUAUCCCAUGUUCUUUGUUAUAGAACUGUAACUUUUUUGUUACUGCGUCAGAUGCUAGAGUUCGUGAAUGUAUUACAAGUUUUGUUUUUUGUGUCGUCCCAGUAGUAUGUUUGUUAGUUGCUACAGUUUUGACGGAAAAAGAAACAUGAGGUGCUUAGAGAAUUUGUAAUAUCUUUCUCAGGCGAAGACUUCUAAA